AUGGAGUCCUUAGGCAGAGAGGAGGAAACCUACAUCUUGGUGGAAUAUGCCUUUGAGUACACCGCCAAAGAUGGGCGUCUCGUGUCAAUAAAGCCCAACGAGAGAUACGUUCUGUUGAAGCGAACAAACGACCACUGGUGGCAUGUGAGGAAGAGCAAAGAGAGCCGGCCCUUCUACAUCCCGGCCAAAUACGUCAGACAGCUGCCUCCAGUGGCCCAGACUGAGCCGCCCUCUGAGAAUCUGCCCCCCACAACUCUACUGGAGAAUGCUGACUUAAGGGCUUCCAUUGCGGUUAGCCCGGAGCAGCCACCCGAGUACGAAUAUCGGUUUGUGAGCACCAUUCAAGCAUGUGAGUUUCAAAAGCCAGAUACAGACGAACCCUUCAAUUCCUCCCAGACCCAUUUUGCCUCUUCACAGGCAGGACUGGGGGUCCCUCUUGGUGUCAACAAAAAGGUUCUGCCCCACAUUUCUGGAGAAUCGAGAGACGCCCCUGCCAGCCUCAGCGCAUCUCAAGGCUGCCUUAAGCCUCACUGUCCAACUGGGCCCAGCUCUUCCUGGGUGGGCUGCACCCGGUCUGCUGAACAUAUCAGGCCAACAGUGUCCCUGGAUGACCUGGCCAGGUUCACUUCUCACAGCCAUGCAGGCACAGGGGACUUGGGAUUGUACAAAGCGGCUUCAUGGGGUCAUCCUCGCCCAUUCCUCAAGAGCAGCUCUGAAAACCUUUGCAAGCCGAGAGAGGAGAGAGCAAAGCUGUAUCAACAGAACGAUACCAGGCCAUAUGAAGGAAGGUCCCAGGAUCCUGUCUACGUGAAUCUCCAGGAGCUCCAGAAAGAACUGAGUGCAGCUGCAGCUCCCAGUGCGGACGGUACCCUUCAGCCGUGCCUUGGCAGUCCCUCGCCUAACUGGGAGACCCACACAGACACGGAAAGCGGCCAAGUGUUCUACUACAACCCAGUGACCGGGGAGACGACAUGGGAUUAUCCGCUUGAUGGCUCUGUCGAUGGGGCGAGUCCCACCCACUCGUGCUCCUCUUCCCUGACUUACAGCCCUGCUGCGCCUACGGAGUGGGACCAAUAUGUAGACCAAGUCAGUGGGCAGGUGUUCUUCUAUAAUACAGCCACAGGAGAGACAUCGUGGGAUGUGCCCCGGGCAGGAGACCCUCUGAGCUAUCCAGAGAUGCAGCCUGCAGUUGCUCCCUUCAGCCGUGUGGACCAGAGGCCUCCAACUCCAGAAACUGACUACCCCGACCUUUCUCCCGAUGAACUUGACCGCUACCCUGAAGAGGAUUAUUCUCCAGCGGGCUCUUACGAGCAUAUAGCCUUCUCCUAUGUUCCUUCAACAUACCACAGUUGGGGUUCCUGCAGCAACCAGGAUGCGUUGGUGGUUGACUCAGACAUGUACCCCACUGAGGUGCCUGUGCCCUGCCGUCACCACCGCAGCACCAGCAGUGGAUCCAGCCUGGACAGCAACCCCUUUGGGACCUGGUCAACCAACCAGUCAGCUUUCUCUCCUCCAAGGGAGGAGGAGCAGUUCAAAACCCUUGAAAAGGCAGGGAUGCUUCACCGGACCAAAACGGCUGAGAAAGGGAAGCGCCUGAGAAAGAACUGGAGUUCCUCGUGGACCGUUUUGGAAGGGGGUGUCUUGACAUUUUUCCGGGACUCGAAGCAUUCCGCUUCUGGCAGUGUGAAACAUCCCUCUGUGUUGAGCAGCCCGGAACACACCGUGGAUCUUCGUGGAGCAAUUCUCUCUUGGGCUCCCAAGGACAAAUCUAGCAAAAAACAUGUGCUGGAGCUGAAGACGCGGGAGGGCUCUGAGUAUCUAAUCCAGCAUGAUUCAGAGACCAUAAUCAGCACGUGGCAGAAAGCAAUUGCGGACAGUAUCGGCAGACUGCCCACAGAUUUCCCUCCGGAAGAUAAUGGGGAAAGCUCAACAGGUCUGGGGUCCAAGGAACACAUAGGAAGCAACAGAGAAAAAGAGAGUGAGAAGAAAACUCCAGCCUCCUGGCAUUCAUCCAGCUCUCUCAACACAGAUAGUGAGGCCAGUAAAGUCCGCAACAAACUCCGGAAGUUUCUUCUGAGGCGGCCGACUCUUCAGUCCCUGCGAGACAGGGGCUACAUCAAAGAUCAGGUGUUUGGAUGCCCUCUACAAACUCUGUGUGACCGUGAGAAAAGCACCGUGCCUCAGUUUGUUCGGAUGUGCAUCGACACCGUGGAAAACAGAGGUUUGGAGAUUGACGGACUGUACCGGGUAAGCGGCAAUCUGGCUACAAUACAGAAACUGCGCUAUAAAGUUGACCACGAUGAACGCUUGGACCUUGAUGGAAGCCGUUGGGACGAUGUUCACGUCAUCACUGGGGCCCUCAAGCUCUUCUUCCGUGAGCUGCCGGAGCCACUCUUCCCUUUCAGUCAUUUUGACAAGUUUAUCGCAGCCAUUAAAAUUCCAGAGCUGGCCAAGCGAAUCCUCCAUUUACGGGAGCUGGUGCGUUCUCUACCUGCUGCUAACCAUGAUACCAUGAAGUUCCUUUUCCAACAUCUCUGCAGGGUUAUCGAGUUCCGAAAAGAGAACCGCAUGUCGGCGCAGAGCAUUGCCAUUGUGUUUGGGCCCACGCUGCUGAAGCCGGAGGCUGAAGAAGGGAGCAUGACCAUGCAUAUGGUUUUCCAGAAUCAAAUUGUGGAGCAAAUCCUGAAUCAGUUCAGCUACAUUUUUCCGGAGAGCUAGACCCUCCCAGGGGGCUGGAAGGAGCCGGCUU